UGCCUAGGGGUAGGAAGAGGGAAGUGUCACUAAUUUUGUGGGUAAAGAAGAAUGGACCUGGGCCCCUCAUCCCCCAAAUCAGAUCUGUAUCUCAGCAUCCCAACCCACUGAGCAAGAUCCAGAGAGAAGCCUCUAGGGCCAUACUACUUGUGAGCCCAGUUUUCCAUCGUUGCCCGCCUCCCUUGGUCCCUCCCAAUGGGUUCCUCCCGGACUGAGUAAGAGACUCACCUGCUACUGCCUUCAUGCCCAAAGGCAACCCAGAAGGGACAUGGCCAGCAUAUUCUCCUAUCAGAGCUCUGAGAUUGAUUGGUGUGAAAAGAACUUCCAGUACUCGGAGUUGGUGGCUGAAUUCUACAACACGAUCAGCAAUGUGCCCUUCUUCAUCUUUGGACCACUCAUGAUAUAUCUCAUGCAUCCUUAUGCCCAGAAACGCUCCCUCAAGGUACAUCUGGCCUUGGUCCUCUUCAUCUUAAUAGGUCUGUUUUCUUCAUACUUCCACAUGACGCUGAGUUUCUUUGGACAAAUCCUAGAUGAACUGGCCAUCCUCUGGCUGCUGACGACAUGCUAUUGUCUCUGGUUUCCUCGCUGCUAUUUUCCUGCUUUCUUGAAGAAGAACAGGUCCCUCUUCAGUUGCCUGGUCUUGGUCAUCUCGAUCAUCGUCACCUUCCUGGCCUUCAUUAAGCCUGUGGUUAAUGCCUACGUGCUCAACGGCAUUUCACUGCACAUCUGCUAUUUCACGAGACUAGAGUACAAGAAGAACCAUCCCAAGGUGAAUCAUAUGAUCAGAGUUGCACUUAUGCUGUGGGCAAUGGCGAUUUCCACCUGGAUCUGUGACAGGUUAUUCUGUCCCUUCUUUCAAAGGAUCAAUUUCACAUAUUUGCACAGUUUCUGGCACAUCUUGAUCAGCAUGGCAUUUCCAUAUAUAAUAACUAUUUUAAUUCUCCUGGAUGGCCAUUACGAGAUGCAAAAUGUCCCUCUGGAAAUCCAUUACUGGCCUCGAGAUGAAUGGAUUGUGGGGCUGCCCUAUGUGACCUUAAAGGAUGACAAGGCUAACAAUGAAACCAAGAGCUGCUGAUGGCCCCAGGACUUGGAAUAGCAGAUCAUCUCUCCUCAGCAUCUAUCUUUCUCCUCAGUGCCUCUGAUCAUAGAAACACAGGAAUACUUGAAUCUUGGAGCUGGCAUCAACUUCAGAAGGUCUCUAGGCUGCUGUCUACCUGAGCAGGAAUCCUCUCCACUAUUCUCAGAAGUGACCACUCACCUCCACUUGAAGACCUACAAGGAUGAGGAACUCGGCUCUUCUGAGUCAUCUCAUUUCAUUUUGUGAUAGCUCAGAUUGUUGGGAAUUUUUCUUUUCAGUGAAUGGAAAUUUCCUGUUCAGCGAUGAGCCUGCUUUGCUCCUACUUUCUCCACAAGUGGCUAAAGUGAGCCAAGUCUUAAUCAAAUACUUGGGGAUGGUUUUCAUGUCCCUACUAAAUCUUCCCUAAUUGCAA